AUGUCUAGCUACAAAACCCUGUUGAUCUUCUUCUCCCCACUCCUCUUUCGCAAGGCGAGAUCUUGCUUCCACUCCCUCCGCUCCUCGCUCGCCCAACGUCCCCAGCCUCGUCCCUUGCCGCCAGGAGCAGCCCUUGCCCUGAACAUUCUCUUCAUCUCCACCUGUCUAUUCCUCUUACUUUCAUUCCCCGCCUGGACAGAUCUGAACCCGCAUGCGCCGUCCUCGAACAUCUUCGCCCUCACUCAAUCUCGCCUUAACACUCCGACCGAAAUCCUCUUUAACCGCCUCGCCCGCCUCCGCCCAAACAAUACCCUCACCAGCCUCGACACCCAGCUAAAAGCAAAAUUCACCUCCCCCACCCUCCGUAGACUCUACCUACGCUACGGUCCGGAAACCCUACUAGCCUGCCCUUUCUGCACCCCGGAUGCCGAAACAACAUACCUCCUCUACUACCUCCCCUUACACACCUUCCUCCCCCAUCUCCUCCACCUCCUAAUAACUGGCCUCGUAACCUCCAACCCCCUCACCGGCUCCAGUGCUAGCCGCUUCCGCUCGAAAUUCACCCUAACAGCCCUCUCCCUUCUUCUCCUCGAAACCCUCCUCGUUGCCUUCUACAACCCCGCCUCCUCCCCCAACCCCGCAAAAGCACACCACAAAACCCCCUCCGCAAAUCCACAAGACAUCCCCACAAGCUUCCACAACAACCUCACGACCUUCCGCCUACUCACCUUUACAAUCUUCGACGCUCUCGCCGCCGGCACCAUCUACCUCGCUGCCACGCAUAGAUUCUUCUACACACCCCCGACCCCGGCAGAGGUCACGGAUCAACUCGUUGCGAUCGCCUCCGCGACCCUGGCCAACGCCACGGCGAAAGUGCAUGCGGUUAGCGUCGUGCGGAACGCGACUGUGCGGGAUCGCGGGCUGAAAGCGAGGGAUGAUGCGUACUGGACGGCUGUGGUGGCUAUGGAGGGCUCUGGGUUGUUGGGGACAUCUCUGGGAGGGCUAGGGGAGGGGGGUAGUGUUUGGGAAGAAGAGGAGGUUGUUAGGGCGAUGACGAGCGUUAUGCGGAGGAGAAAUGCGGGGAGGAAGGGGGAUGUGGUUGAUGUUGGGCGGUUGGGGGUUGAGGCGAACUCGUAUGUUGAGGGGAUUACGGCGGGGUUGGGGAGGGGGGAUGAUGAUGAUGAUGAUGGUGAUGGUGAUGGUGGUUAUGAUGGUAAUAGCCGAGAUGGAAAUGGGAGUGGGAGAAGUAGAAGUAGGAGUUGA